AUGGAUCCUUUGCUUUCACUGAGCCACAACGCCCUGGAGGGUCCCAUCCCUGCCUCUUUUGCUGCCCCGCAACUCAUAGACUUGGAUCUGAGUCACAAUCUGCUCUCAGGACCCAUCCCAGCAUCCUUCACAGCCCUCACUUCCCUCACCAGUGUGGACAUCAGCCACAAUGCCUUCUCAGGCAGCGCGGACGUGUUUUCACUCAUGCCAAGCAUCUCCAACCUGAACAUCGGAUCGUGCAACUUCUCCGGCCCCUUCCUCUCAAACCUCACCUAUGUCAACCUCGACAUUUCCAACAACAGCUUCACGGGGCCCUUCCCCUCCGCCAUGCUAUCCGUGCCACUCUUCAACUCCCUCAACCUAUCAGCCAACAACUUUUCUGGCCCGCUGCCCUCACAGCUCACGAAUCUCACAUUCAUAAAGAGCCUUGACAUCUCUCACAAUCAGUUCACUGGAGUUGUGCCCCCUACCGUCUUCACCCUGCCUUUGCUAUCGGCCCUCGACAUCAGCAGCAACCAGUUUACCGGUACCCUGCCGCCCUCCAUUGCCCUCUCCACCUCUCUCAACCUCCUGUAA